GUUUUCCCUCUACAGUCAACAAAUAGGAACGAAGCGGCCACCAAACGAUGCUGCAGCUGUAUCGCGAAGUGGCUUUUUCUCCCCAUUCUCCCCGUGUCCGCUUUAGGAAGUGCUGGCUAUUUUCCGAGUGCUUCGGUCUUCUGCGACGCUCUGACCGGAUCCAUUUUACGGAAGAUCUACGAUUGCGUCGGCGGUCGCCAUGCGCGUUCUCCGCCUUUGAGCAUUGUGGUUUCUUGGUAAGAAUUUUUGAGUCAGAGUAUUGCUGGUAACUUGGUCUCUCAAGAUGGUUGGAGUUUUCCUGAUAUUUUAUGGAGCUGUUUUGGCCAUGUCAUGUACUUGCACUUUGCAUGUUACCCAGGCAACAAGUACUGAUCCAACAGAAGUCUAUUCAUUAAGGAUUAUUAAGAGAAAUUUGAUCGAUCCUACGGGAAGCCUUAAAAAUUGGGACAAUGGAGAUCCAUGUACAUCAAAUUGGACAGGCGUUAUUUGUACACAAAAAAAUGAAUACCAGCACAUAAAAGCACUGCAAUUGUUAAAUUAUAAUCUUUCUGGAAAUCUGGCACGUGAGCUUGGGCUUUUGUCACAUUUGGAAAUCAUGGAUUUUAUGUGGAAUGCGAUAAGUGGAACUAUCCCAAAGGAGAUAGGCAAUAUUGCAUCCUUGAAGCUUCUACUUCUAAGUGGCAACAAAUUAUUUGGCUCUAUACCUGAUGAGAUUGGCAAUCUUCCUAUAUUAAAUAGGUUACAGAUAGACGAAAAUAAUAUUUCAGGGCCAGUACCCAAAUCAUUCGCUAAUUUGAGAAAAAUAAAACAUUUACACAUGAACAAUAAUUCAUUGAGUGGGCCAAUUCCACGUGAGCUCUUCACACUGCCAAUUGUACAUCUUCUAUUGGACAACAAUAACUUAUCUGGAUUGCUUCCCCCAGAACUUUGGUUGCUGUCAAAGCUAAAAAUCCUUCAGCUUGAUAACAAUAAUUUCAGUGGCAGCAUUCCAGCUUCAUACAGCAAUAUGACGACACUUGUAAAAUUGAGUCUUAGAAACUGCAACUUGCAUGGAACUAUUCCUGAUUUGAGCAGGAUGUCUCAACUUGGCUAUUUGGAUCUUAGUUGGAACAUGUUGAAUGGACCUGUACCAUCUAAUCUUGCAAUUAACAUAACAACCAUCGAUCUAUCACACAACUUCCUUAAUGGAACAAUUCCUUCAACCUUUAAUAGACUUCAGAAGCUCCAAAGAGUGUCCCUUGAGAAUAAUCAGCUGGUUGGUUCUGUUCCACCCUCUAUUUGGCAGAAUAGAACCUUCAAUGCAAAUGACACUUUAAUCUUGGAUUUCCAGAACAAUUCUCUUACUGAUAUACCAGCUUCUUAUCAUCCUUUAAAUGUCACUGUACUGUUAUAUGGGAACCCUCUAUGUAGCAAUGCAAACCAACUUAAUAUAGUCCCUUUAUGUCAACCAAGGAUUACUGGCCAAGCUUUUGAAGAUCCAACAACAUCUGAAAAUAGUUGUCCACCUUGCCCAGUGGACCAAUUUUAUGAGCACAAUCCAUCGUCUAUUAGGUCAUGCCAAUGCUCACUACCACUUGGAGUUGGAUAUCGGUUGAAAAGUCCAGGAAUAUCAGAUUUUCGUCCAUAUUUGAAAGAUUUUGAGACCCGUUUGACCACACUUCUGAAGCUGUUUCCUUACCAAUUAUACAUUGACUCUCACACAUGGGAGAGUGGGCCAAGGCUGCAUAUGCACUUAAAAAUUUUCCCUAGUAAUUCUAGUCUUUUUAAUAACAGUGAAGUUUUUCGUAUUGCGGACACCCUAGCUUCAUGGAAGAUUCAACUUUCAGAUGUUUAUGGACCAUAUGAGCUUCUUAAUUUCUCGCGGGGACCUCGUGAAAGUGAUUCUUCAAAGGCAAGGUUAAGUAAAGGUGCUUUGGCAGGCAUGUUGUUGGGUGUUAUUGCUGGUGCUGCUUCUCUAUCUGUGAUGUUAACAGUGAUCAUCAUGAGAAAGCAUCAUGGAUAUUAUUUCAUUUCAAGGAAAAGAUCUUGUGAGUUCAUAAAUUCUGAGAAAGAACUCAACUUAAACUGGGUUGUAUUCCUAGAACUUCUAACCGGAAUGCGGCCAAUUUCACAUGGCAAAAACAUUGUAAGAGAGGUUAGGAAUGCUUGUCAAUCCGGGUUGAUGUUCACACUCGUCGACAACCGCAUGGGAUUUUAUCCUUCAGAAUGCAUGGAAAAAUUUGGUUCUUUAGCAAUUCGAUGUUGUUCCGACGAGACUGAUGCUAGACCAUCAAUGUCAGAGGUGGUUGCUGAGCUAGAGCGCGUACUGCAAAUGUUGUCGGAGGAUGAUAGUUCACAGGAAGCUCUGGCAACAGAUAGUAAGACAGUCUCAGGCUCGUCUUUGUCAUCAGAAAGUUCAGGCGCAGAACCUCCUGUCUGCAGCGAAACCCAUAGUGUUACAGGUAGUUCACAAGAAGCUCUGGCAACAGAUAGUAAGAUAGUCUCAGGCUCAUCUUUGUCAUCAGAAAGUUCAGGCGCCCAUAGUGUUACAGGUCGUUGACAUCACCACAGGCUAAUAUAUCCAUACAUGUUUAUUUUGGUAUCUUCUUCAGAAAAUGUUUUUUCCUUUCUUCAAAGUGAAAACUACAGAUGCAGGUACGAACGGAAGCAGUGUACGAUUUUGAUGAUUAUGUAUACGGGAUUCAAUAAAAUCAUCAAAUCCACUACAGAGGGCAAGUUGAUUAGAAUAAUGAUUAAAUUAAUGUUAUUCGCACUCUUCCACUAUGUGUACUUUUGUAAAUAUGAGCAUGUUUCAAUUCGAGCUGACCUGAUCUAUACUAGAUUUGUUUUGGUUAAUGUU